AUGAUCGAUUCAAGAAGGCGGUUUCAUUUCAGCAAUGGCAUCGACGACUUGGUGGAUAUGAAGUGGAAUGUCAUCGAUUGGGAUACUCGUCGAUGGCUACAACUCGUCGGCCCUUCUGAGCUACUGGGCGGAGAUGAUAUUGAAGCGUAUAGGCAUAUAGCAGCCCGAUUCGCAGACCGGCUUGGCUUAGACCAACACACCAUAGUUGUGGAUAAGAACGGGGCCCUGGAAAAGUUCACUCGUGAAGACGUUACCAUGGAAGUGCGAUAUCCUAAAUACACGGGGCCUAUGGAAAAGGAUCAAGUUAUACGCAGGUCGGAACUUACUGAACUUGAUAGGAUCAAUGCCUGUGCGGAUUUGGUGGAGUACAACUCCUCUGAUGGAUUGCAGGGCAAUGAUCUCUUUGUCCCAUUCCACCGCAUCGUCAUCGACGAUGUGAAUGAGACAAUCCUCGGGUUCACCUCUAUAUAUAUGUCUGGCGGAACUCUCAAGGAUUACCGCGGCACUUUCUACUUCCGCUGGUUAAAGCAGAUCACCGAUGCAAUCGAUCAGUUAAAUUUACGCUACGGAAUCCUGCACCAGGACCUUGCUCCUCGGAAUAUUCUGAUUGACCCCACAACGCACGAUUUGAAGGUCUUCGACUUUGAUAUGUCGGCAAAGAUGGACGGGCAGAACGGGCUGACUACUUCCAUUGACGUUAACUCCGUCAUUAUCACAGUGUAUGAGGCGUUAACAGGAGACGAGUAA